AUGCUCAAGCAUAUUGCCUCUCAUGGCUUCAUUGUCGUGGCCCCCCAGAUGUACAUUUUUGCCACGGCAGACUCAAUGGAUGAGAUAACCUCUGCAGGGUCCGUGCUAGAUUGGUUUUCUGUUGGUCUGGAAGAUGCUCUCUCACAGCGUGUACCAUCUGUCAAGGCGGACUUGAAAAGGGCUGCAGUGGUCGGUCACAGUCGAGGAGGAAAAGUGGUGUUCGGUAUUGCGACGGGCGUCUGUCACACGAGCUUAAAGAUUUCUGCUUUGGUGGGUAUUGACCCACCAAAGCACGGCACGGGAAUCGGACACCAAACGAAACCGCCAAUUCUCCAGUACUCGCCUCACUCCUUGGAUCUGAAGAUUCCCACUCUCAUCAUUGGAGCAGGCCUGGGAUCUGUGGGAAGAUUUCUGUUUCCUCCUUGUGCUUCUAAAGGUGUCAAUCACGAAGCCUUUUUCUCCGACAGUGCUUCCCCUGCUUUCCAUUUCGUUGCUCCGGACUAUGGACACAUGGACUACCUGGAUGAUGUGUGCCCAGGAGCCCAGGGCUGGAUUGCCUCUUGGUUAGGCAUAAAUGGUCAAGCAAGAGAGCCUAUGCGCAGAUUUUCUGCUGGCAUAGUGGUUGCAUUCUUGCAAGCAGCACUGCUUCAAGAUUCGUCACAGCUUGCGAACGCAAUUUUGGAACCAUCUCUGGCACCGGUGAAGUUGGAAACUCCGGGAGUGUUCGGCACUCUAGCAGAUGUCACCAGCUAUUCCAGAGACUAA